CGUCCAGAUGCAAUUGUGCAUAGGUAGGGGAAUGUCGGUCUUGCCAUGAAGUGACUGGCCGAAGUUCAUCCCGCCCGCUAUCCCACCAGCCAUCCCACCUCAGCCUUUCAUUCUCUUCCACUCAUCGCCACCGAGCCCACGACAACUCCGGCAACGCCCGCCUUUCGACCUUGAUAUGGCCCUAAAGCGGCCGCGCCCCGGCGAUAAUGACGGCCCGUCAAAGAAACAGAAGAAGGGUUUCUCUGUCGGACCUGCCAAUUUGCCCGAUGGCACCUACCGGCGGAAAGUGCAAAAAAUCAAGAAGGACCUCAUCCACAAGGCGAAGCUCAAGAAGGAGUACGCAAAGGUAAAGGCGCGAGAGCAACCUAGUGCAACCCACAAGUCUGUCUACGAUCGGGACGACGAGGGCAGAGUGCACAACGAUUCUGCCGAGCCCGCUCCAGGACCAACCCUAGAUCCGCAUCCCGACCGGCUCAAGCUAUGGGAGCAAGCGUCCCCGGAGCCAUCGCUAGCUCAUGACCUGCCAGACCGAAGGAAAAGGCGACCACGCCCGCAGCCCUACAGGGAUGAGACGGAGGUCGCCCGCAAGCGAAAAGAAGACGCAGAUGCAAGACGUAGGGCACGCGAGGAAGCAGAGAAGGAGCGCCAAAAGAGGCUGGCAGAGAGAGAACGCUUCCGGAAGACGAUGGCAAAGGCUCGAGGUGGUGGUCCUCAUGGCCAGAGAAAGCUGGGCCGGGAGAGCACAGUCUUGUUGGAGAAAGUGAGGAGGUUGGUCGGCAGCGCUUGAAUGCUAAAUUUGAUACCCCAAGGGCGGCGAUAACGCAUGCCCUGAGCUCCUGCUAGUUUUACGUAUUUUCUUGCAAAGUGUGCGAUUUCGUGGAACGUCAUCCAAUCUUCACCGAGUGAGCUCCCACGGAAGCCUGC